UCAAAACGCGGGGAAAUUUGUUUAAUGUUGUGCAGCUCUCAGUAAAACAGCUGAAUUGUUAUAAGACUAAGGUCGCACAAAUAUGGACAGAUAUGUACUUGUCGUGUUAAUUAACGUGGAGCCCAAGAAACCGAUUUCUUUCAGCGGUAUUGACACUGCGAAAAAAGUACACGACAAACUCAAAGAGCUUUCUACCUGUACGUCUGGGAUUUCACCUUUCCCCGCUUGCUCUCUGAGUGGAAGUCCUGGCUCACAGAAGUGGCACUUUGCUAUCCAAGCAUUGUGUGUUCCAACACUGUACUGUAGUACGGAGUGGGAGGAGGUGUCUGUGCAGCACAGUGACAAUGAGGAGCCUGUAGUCUCUGCUGUGGACAGCUGUGUCAGCGCUCUACAGGAUCAGGAGCACAGCCAGCAGUCCGAGACCCUGUCGCAUGCAGAGCUGUUUGAAGAUGCGGCUGAGGCCCUGCAUCAGUUAGCGGACAAACUCCCUCCACCAGGGAGAUUUCUACUGGAUGUAAUUAUGCUGUGUGUGGAUGAGGUGGGAUUAAAAGACUUCCUGCCUGUGAUGGGCUCCCUGAAGCACAUGCAGGCUUGGCACUCUGCACGGAUUACCAUCGUCACAGAGCACAGUGCAGGAUGGCAGAUGGCAGCCUCGUACCUCUCAGGCAGAGUGUGUUCUCCCUCUUGGGUUCAGGACUGCAUCGAUGAACGUGAGCUGUGGAGAGGAGGCCUGCUGGUCAGAGAGAGAAAGUUUGUGUCAGAGCUGCUGUUUGAAGGCUUUAGUCUGAAGGCCCAGGCCGGUGCUGACUGGAGUCGUGAGCUCUGUUCCGGCUCCGAGCCCUGCUGCGCCGCUGACCGCACAGCACGGGCCGAGACGUUCCACUAUUACCAGCCAGCUUUGGAGCUGAUUCAGCUGGUACGAGUGACGGAUCUCCCGGUGCUGCUCCGCUCGAGCACCCAGUUGGAGCUCACACUCUUCAGCAGAUCAGCCAAAGGCCAAAUGCUCAUGGAUCAGCUUCGAGCUCUGCGUGGAGAGGUUGGGGCUCUGUUCUGUCUGUCCUGUGUGGUGAGCUCUGAAAUGUUCCCGCCGGCCCCCCAGCUCAGCACUGCCAAGUGGAGGAUCUUUGUGGCCACGCGACCCAAAGGCUUAUCUGCCCCUGAGGUCGAGGUAAAAGGAGAGAAAGGCUACUAUCUGCUCUUGGUCCAGGGGGCGGAGACUGGCGGCCUUAAAGCACGACUCCUACACUCAGCCAAUCAGAUCAAUGGGGCCGCUGCCUUGGCAGUGGUCAACAGUCUUAUCCUUAUCCGGGGAAAAGUUCCAUCAUCCUCAGGGAUCGACACUGCUGACUGGCUGAGCUCGCUACCCCGUCUCCGUGGAGACCAACUCUUGCUGAGGGAGAGGAGGCUAGCCAGCAUGCAAGCCAAGGUCCUUCAGGAAUGCCUCCGGAGGAGGGCGGAGUCCCACGGGCCUGCGGCACUGCCGCCCAAUGAUCUGCGAGCCCUGCUGAGGCUGGCCAGAGAGCAGUACCUGAAGAUGCAUGGCGCCACCCUGCCCCGGGCAUCCACCCGCGUGCCCCUGGAGGAAGGGAACCGCAUCUCUGUUACCAGCAGCACUAAGCAUGGCCCACCCUCAGACUGGCCUGAGAGAAGCGCCCUGCGGAACUACGCAAACCUGCAGAAGGGCCGUCAGAGGACCAGGUCCACCCUGUUCAGCGGCAACUCUGGGGAGUGUCUCAUGGGCCCGAAGGGAAGCCAGAGGAACAGCUCUGCGCUGAUGGACGCCAGAGAGGUCCUCAGACACUUCACGCCUGAUGGGCUGCCCAGUGGAGAACUGCAACCGCUGCCUGUCCUCCGAGGGGAGAAUGCGUUCCAGCUGUCACGUGAUCUCACUCCGCGAAAAGUGACCAACCUCCCGUUCCAGCAAGCCACCAGUGCCCACUACCACGGGAUUGAGUUUUGUCUGGACGAGCGGAAGGCUCUGGAGCGGGACCGGGACUUCGUGCGGCUGCAGUCGCGCCUGAUCCGCUUCGAGACCCAGACCACGUGCUGCAAGGAGCCCUGCCCGGUGACGCUGGCCCUGAGCCCCAUGCCCUCACCUGCCGGCCUGGCCGAGCCGGACAGCGUGCCCAACGACGAGGCACUGCAGAGCGAGCCGCUGUGCCGCAAGCACCGCACUCGCGGACCAGACGCACACGCCCACCAGCACAAGAGGUUGGCCAAGUCUGAGAGUGGCGAGUCGCUGGGCUCUCAGGGAAGCGCAGGCAGUGGCAGACACCCAGCGACCACGGCCCUACGGCUGCAGCGGGGCCGCUCCCAGUCCGCUGGCGGCCCGGUCGGGCGCUCCGUCGACAGGCCUGCACGUGGCCAACCAGCUGGCCUGAACCCCACCCAGGGACAGAGAGAGUCCCGCUCCCAGAAACACAACCGCAUGCUGAAAGAGGUGGUUGCGAAGACACUGCAGCACUACGGGAUCACCACCAAGCACGAGUGCUUCCACGCCUGCAGCCAGAGACUGUUUGAUGUGUCUAAGCUUUAUCUGAAGGACCUGAAAACCUCACGGGGGCUGCAUGAGGAGAUGAGGAAAGCAGCUCACCGAAAUGCCCAGCAGGUAAGCCGUUCCUCUAACACUUUGAUGGAACUACAGAAGGUUCUUGUGAAGGCUGACCAAAUUCCUGAAAACAGCCAGGGGCCUGAUUUGCCCAAGAUUUUGUGUGAUGUACGAAUGGGUCUAGUGCAGUUAAAAAAAAAACGAUUUAGGUCCUCGUGACCCAAAUGUCAUCAGAGGUGUGGUUAGGUUGGGUUCUGUCUAAACCGCAUAAACCAUAUAUAGUUUGUCUGCAUGUAUGAAAGAAGGAUGGGCAUCGUUUGUCAGUAAAAACAAUGUUAUUUUUAUACCAAAACUGUCCACUUUGACGUUUACAGGUGAUAGACUGGGUUGUGGAGAAAGCCUCUAAAAAUGACGUCUAAUCCACGUCAGUGUUUUUUGGGGGUUUUUUUUGUUUGUUUUUAAAAAACAAAACAAAAAACAGGUCAGAGGUGCUGAUGCUCAAGAUACGAUCUGAUGACGUAGUGCAUGUUUUGUCUUGGAAUAACUAAUAAAGUAAAUAUCUUUAUAAACCCCUGUACAGCUCCCUUGUAAUAGUGUUGUCAUUGUAAGAUAUCUUUUGUAUUAUAUGCUGUCAUGUCAUGCUGUAUGUAUUAAAAUUUUUUAUAAUUUUUGCA